AUGUCCAGACCAGAUCUAUGCUAUUCUGUGAACGUUUUAUCUAAAUUCCAGAGUUCACCACAGGAUAUCCACUGGACCGGGCUCAAGCGUAUCUUGAGGUAUCUUCAAGGCACCAAGGACCUCCGCCUGGUAUACAAACGGCAGCAUCACGAGGCACCACUGGAAAGGUUUGCUGACGCCGAUUUCGCGAACGAUGAGGACGAACGACGCUCAAUCUCAGGAUCGCUCUUCACAGUUUAUGGUGACCUAGUGUCAUGGUCGACGAAGAAGCAGGCAAUGGGAACCCUAUCGUCCACCGAAGCCGAACUGAUUUCGCUUUGUGGAGCAGCGAAGGAGGGUGUAUGGCUGUCCAAUUUAUUGUGUGAGGUUGGAAUCAAAUGGAUUCCAUUCACCAUGAAUGAGGAUAACAUGCCCUGCAUCAGGAUCGCCGAAGAACCUAGGAGUCAUCAACCGACGUACGGCGACUACCGGGCCAAGAUGAUGGUGUGGCACGCCGGCGGAGCUUCGUCGAAUAGCCUCCAACGUUGUCGGGGAGUUCACUUUCUGUGGACCGGGCCAAACUUACGGGAAAUGGCGCGCCGGCAGAUUUCCGUCGAACACAGCACAUUCCGUCGAACACCUUCGCCUACCGGGCCAGAAUAG